AUGGACGGCCUUCGCGAGCUCGGCUGCCAGCUGCUGACUCUGGACGUGACGGACCCGGCCAGUGUCUGCGCCGCGGUGGACCGCAUUGUGGCCGAGGCCGGGCGCAUCGAUGUUGUGGUCAACAAUGCUGGGGUAGCAAUCCGAAAGGUGAUGGUGCGCCGGUGUGCAUGA